CUGACGAAUUUUUCCCGAAUAACGGAGAAAAAAAAAUAUAAAAGUGGGCGACUGCGAGCGCAGCAGGUGGCAGCACUCUCCGCUGGGUUAGACGUUGUCACGUACAGCCAAUGUUUUAUGCACUUAAAUUUCGUUGAUUGAGUACCAUUGACUUGAUGGCAGUUGGUGAUACAAGUGAAUAUGGAAAAUCGUGGGUAUCGAGUGCCGGGGAACAACAAUCAGCCGUCCUUUUGGAAGAAGAAUGCACGCACUGUUCCGGGAAGACCAAGCCCAAAACAAGACAAUCGUCCAAAAGUCUCGGCGUCCAGUAGCCUCCCAGCAGCAGGUGGCAAUGGUGGCACUGGAACUGGCAGCAGUACCAGUGCAGCAUCAUUCAGAGACUUUCAAGAGAGUGUCGAUGACGCCUGGGACUCGGGUGACGAUGAAUUUUGCAUGGUAUCAGAUGUUAAAAUAUCGAAGAAGGUCAGUCAUUCCGCUGCUAUGAGUGUGAUAAAUAGCCAUCGUAGUAGUAGUGCUAAUGCAGCUAAAGACUAUCACUCAGCCAAGAGUCAGGAGAUAAUACCUGAGGAAAAAAGAACCGAGGCACUCCAGAGACUGGCUGUGCAGCCACUUCACCUCAGAAAUGAUCGAAAUAGGUUUGUAAAUACUGGUGACGAUGGGGAGACUGAUUUUGGACAUUCGCCACAUCGAAGUGCCCAUUUUCCGGGGAGACCGCAGGCCCUCAAACAAACAACACCGGCUAAUAAAUUUUUUGUACCGUCCAAGGAGCAGGAUGGCGAGAGUAAAAUUGAAAAGUUUCAGAGUCUUCUCGAGGCGUCUCUGCUGAAUCUUGAUGAGUUGAGGCAAUUGUCUUGGUCUGGAGUCCCAGCGAAGUUACGAUCUGUCACGUGGAGACUACUAUCGGAGUACUUGCCAGCUAGUUCAGAGAGACGACAACAAGUGCUGGAACGCAAGCGCUCGGAUUAUCUGAAUUUAGUGAAACAGUACUAUGAUGCGGAGAGGGAUGAGGGCUUUCAGGACACAUAUCGACAGAUACACAUUGAUAUUCCCAGGAUGUCCCCUCUUAUUUCGCUGUUUCAACAGAAUACCGUGCAAUUGAUAUUUGAGAGGAUACUCUAUAUCUGGGCGAUACGACAUCCGGCGUCUGGUUAUGUUCAGGGUAUGAAUGACCUGGUAACACCAUUUUUCCUCGUGUUCCUCCAAGAGGCAGUUCCAGCAUCAGUCUGGCAAGACAUUGAAAACUACGAUGUAGCCUCGCUAGACCAGAAACAACGAGAUAUAAUAGAAGCCGAUAGUUUCUGGUGUCUCUCAAAGUUCCUCGAUGGUAUCCAAGAUAACUACAUAUUUGCGCAAUUAGGGAUUCAGCAUAAGGUAAAUCAACUGAAGGAGCUCAUACAGAGGAUUGAUGCACCUCUCCAUCAACAUUUACAUCAGCAUGGUGUGGAUUAUCUCCAGUUCUCCUUUCGAUGGAUGAACAAUCUUUUGACUAGGGAAAUACCACUUCAUUGUACCAUACGCCUUUGGGAUACGUAUCUCGCUGAGUCUGAUCGUUUUGCUUCUUUUCAAUUGUAUGUUUGUGCUGCUUUUCUUCUGCGGUGGAGACGUCAUCUGUUAUCUCAACCUGAUUUCCAAGGACUAAUGUUAAUGCUGCAAAAUUUGCCAACCCAAAAUUGGUCAGACUCUGAAAUAGGAGUUCUAGUUGCCGAAGCCUACAAAUUAAAAUUCACAUUCGCUGAUGCCCCCAAUCACCUGCAGGCAAAUGAUCCCAGAUGACCAAAUCCCAAAUUAUCAAGGGACCAUGGAAACAUAACUGCAGUUACAACAGUUUUGGCAAAGUGAGAGUGCUUUGAUCAUAACCAGUGUCAUUUUUAUAUCUUCCAAUUUUGGAUACUUACCAUUGACAUAAUCACCAAUGUCUUAAACUUCAUCCUGUCAUCGAUAUUAUUUCUUUAUCAUCAUCAUCAACAUGAUGCCCCGUAUAUUAUACAUAAAGAUAUAUGAUAGAGGUAAAUAUGAUAUUGUCGUUAUUAUACUAUUGGUAUACAAAUUGAACAUUAGAAAAUGGUUUUAUAUGACACAUGUGAAAUAUUAUAAAUUUGAUUUAACAAUGUCAUUAUUUCAAAUAUAAUACAAACUGAAACUCAUGAGAGUUGUGAUAUUGAAGAGAAUAUACGUGUAUACGUUAAA